AUGCCCACCCUCAGUGGCGGUGUCUCCAGCUGCUGCAGGAGCCCCUUGGCUGCGGUAAGAGCCCUGGUGUCCACUCUGCGAGUCUGGUUGGAGACCAGGGACUCUAGCACCUCGAGUGAUCCGGUUGAUGUGAAAAGCAGCCUCUGCCCCCCGUCUUUCUGGACCCCAUCUCCCCUCCAGAGUGAGGAUUCUGCUUUCAGCAACAAUCGCGAGGAAGUGGUAGAAUUCUUCACAGUCUGUCUCAAUCAAGACUUGUGUUCACCAGGGCUGGGGAGGAGAGAGGCCAGGGGAGAUGCUUCCCACUGA